UCAUGCGGCCCGCCUGGAGUAGCCAGCGGCGGCUGCAGCUGCAGGUGGGGCGGGGCGGGGGCCGCGCGAUCCCGUAGAUCCCAGCACCAGCGGCCAGACAGCGGGACUGCAGCCCGGGGCAGCCAGGACGCGCCUCUCCAUCCGGAAGCUUCUGGAAUAUCAAGGCCUGAUGACCCCGAGAAGCAAUUUCUGGUAGAAAUCUGAAGAUUCUCUUUAGAGGAAAAAAGUCAAUGAAUUAAGACAAGAAGGUUUCCAAUCAGUCCCUGCUAUGUGGAUAUUUGUUAGCAAUGACUGAUGUGGAAACUACAUAUGCAGAUUUUAUUGCUUCAGGAAGAACAGGUAGAAGAAAUGCAAUACAUGAUAUCCUGGUUUCCUCUGCAAGUGGCAACAGCAAUGAAUUAGCCUUGAAAUUAGCAGGUCUUGAUAUCAACAAGACAGAAGGUGAAGAUGAUGGACAGAGAAGCUCCACAGAACAAAGUGGGGAAGCCCAGGGAGAAGCCGCCAAAUCUGAAAGCUAACACUCCAUUCUGACCUUCACCAACACCUGACAAUGUGGCGAAUCUCCUGGCGUUGCUCGGAUGUAUUUGCUGCCAUGAGUGAAAAGGAGGGGAAGAAAAUGGCUGUGCUGCAUGGCAAGAAGCUGUUCGUUGCCAUGUUAAAAGUGGGGGCCGAGCCUGUGUCUGCAGACAGCCUUUUCCCUACCUCUGUCAUUAGCAAUGGUUGAAAUCACCUGGCCUGUGCUUGGAUAUCGUUUUUGUAUGGGUCCUUUCACUUGACCGUAUAAUGAAAUGCUUUUAGAGAGUAGCACUGACCUCGCUGAUGAUUCCUGUAGCAUCUGGCCCCUCAUGAUGUCAGAGGAUUUAAUUGUGUCUAAUUGAAAAGGGUUGGUUGAACCCCAGAGUUUAACUAUCUCUGGCUGGAGUAGUCACCCAGUAAAAGAACCAUCCAGAGAGCACUGUUAGCAUUCUGUCCCUGUGUGUUAGUGCUGUGUUAUUUACACUGUUUUGUAUCGUACAGUAGACCUGCUCAGCACUGCCCUUUGAUUGCUUGUGUAAAACAAAAUGAUGUACAUUACUGUGAAUUUUUAUACCGCUCAUUUUUUAAAGGGCUGCCUUUUUAAUUUUCCAUAGUGUUGUGGCGUGCACAGGGAAGAACAUACUUUUGUAAAACACUACUUUCCUCUUGAUAACUGUGUGCUGACAAUUAAGUCCACCCGAUUCACCAAGAGCCCUCUGCUUUAUUAUGCAGGCAUUUGGAAAUAUCCAUUAAUGUGAAUAUUGCCUGAGUUCAGUCUUCUCAGUAUCUGCACAGACAAGAAGGCUGUCCAUCAAUAUUGAUUUUAUUUCUAAAUAAGAAGUUACUUCAACUAAUUUUAAUUUUU